CCACCAGCAACCACACCAACACCAACACCACCCCACGAAGCCGCAACAAUGGCCGAAACACUUAAGAUCAAAGACAAGUCGAAAAACAAAUCGAAAGACAAGUCAAAAAAGCGCAAGCGCCAUGCAUCACCGUCGGCGCCCGAACUCCCCAAAAAAGCGCGCAUUGAGAUCGACCGCAGCAGCAGCAGUGCCGUCGCCGCCGUCGCCAGCCCCGAAACUGCCAACAUCCCGUACCGCCUGACCACUACAUCGUUGUAUCUCUCGCUCGCGCCCAAAUACUCGUUCUACCCCGAAAAGACCUUCGCGCACCUCCUCUCGCGCGGCACAUCCAGCGAGCAGGCGGCGCACCUCCGCUCGCUCUCGCCCAUCACCGGUGUCCAGAAACACCAUCUGGACCCGCUGCUGAUGACGUUCUUUGAGCCCGUCGACGGCGUGAUCGUCGGCUACGACAAUAUCCGCUUCGAGAGCGCCGAGGGCCGCAUCAAUGCCGAGGCGCCGUACCCGCACGUGUGGACGACCGUCGACCUGCUGGUCUGGAGCCCAACCAAGGGGAUGGUGCUGAAGGGUUGGGUCAACCUGCAGAGCGCAAGUCAUAUCGGUCUGCUCGUCGAUAAUACUUGGAACGUCAGUAUUCCGUUCGCGAGGAUACCGGAGAUGUGGAAGUACAAGGAUGCGGCGGCCGGGACCGAGGAUGGGAUGGAGGUGGAUCAGGGUGCCGAGUCGGUGGAGGGCGCAUGGGUGGAUGAGAAGGGGGAGAGGAUUGAGGGGCUGCUAAAGUUUGUGGUCGAGUCGGUGAAGGGUGGUGGUAGCAUUUUCAUCAUGGAGGGGACGCUGUUGGACCGAGAAAAGAUCGAGAAUGCGGUGGUGCCGUGAUUUGGCGGGGAAGUAAUGAUUAAAUGUGGGGUUCUUCUGUACACACGGUCUGCAUGAUCUAUUAGCAAAAUAUCAUCCAUCAUAUCGGUGAGUGAGACUUGAGAGGGAGAGAUUAUACUUGAGAGGGAGAGAUUAUCCUCCGAGCGGAUAUUGAAGGCAAUGAUUCACUGGACAUCACUCGUGAACGUUCUGUUUCUUUGUAGCGUUUAUAUUGCGG